CAGAUACAUCCGUAGGAAAGUCAUGUGACAUUAAACAUGGCAGCUACUUUUCAUUUCAGCAAGGAAACACCUCCUGAAUCUAUGUUUACAGAUAUACAGACUUUGAACAAGUUUCAAACAAAUCAAUUUAAUGAACUGGUGGAAUAUUCAUUGGAGUUUUUGUCUGAACCAGGAAAGGCAUCCAGGUUGAUGACAAAACUUGAAGACUUUGCCGGACAAAACAGUGUGAACAGCAAUGCUUUAAAAGGUGUAUUUAAAAGUUUGAUAGCAAUCCCAAAUGGGGCUCUAAAGAAAAGUUUGAAUGUAACUCAACUAAAGGAAGAUCUUGUGAAUUUAGGUUUGUCUGAAGAAAAAGCAGAUUAUUUUUGUCAGCAGUGGAACAACAAUUUGGCAGCCUUAUCUAAAGGUGCUCUAGGACAGACAUUAACAGUAAAUCAACUUGUAGACAUGGAAUGGAAAUUUGGAGUAACAGCUGCAAGCAGCGAGGUGGACAAGGUGGGGAAUACAUUUUUACAGUUGAAGCUGGCUAUAAAUACCGGCAAUGGAAUUAGAAAUACAUAUAUGGAGUUGACGCUUCCCCAGUUUUACUCAUUCCUUCAUGAAAUGGAGAAAGCCAAAGCCAGCCUUGAAUACCUCAGUUGAUGAUAUGUGCAAUAGACAGUCUGAUACAUGUGAUGUUGUAAAUAAUGAUAAACAUUUCUGUAUAUAAAUCAAUUUUGCUAUGAAGCUUCCUUUCACUUGACAAACACUCACGUAAAUGUAGAAAAAAGAUAAAAACCUAAAUCAUAACAACAAAAGAAUUUUGCUUUUAAUACAAUUGGAAGAUACGUAAAAAGAUUUAUAGAAUAAAAGCAAUGUAUACCUAU